UUGUCAGCGGAAACGAUCUACACACGCAGCCGAAGUUGGAGAAAUUCAGAGCUAAAUUCAAGAUUUUUCUUUAAGAGACACAUACAAUACGGAAGGAUGGACUUUUUGGAAGUUACUUCUCGUAAGAGGAAGAGGAGGGUCUCUGAUAACAGAACAAAGUUACCUAGCAACAUUCAGAAUGUUAUUGAAAAACUUUUUGAAAAGAAAUUUAGCUAUGAAAAAAGGGAAGACUAUAUGUUAACUUCAAAUUUUGAUGGAAAACAUUUGAGUGGUGAGUGGCAGAUAAAAGAAUAUAUGUCUUUGAAAAACGAACUGAAUAUGUUGAAAAAUGAGCUUAAUGACAAAGAUAUGAUAACAUGGCAUGAACACACGCGCCUUGUAAACCUGGCGGGGAAUAUUGCGCCAGAAGUAAGAAAUCGGUUGAGGCCAGAGUUGUGUACGCAAGCGUGGUGUAAGUUCUACGAGAUAGCGUCAACGUACCUGAGUUUAGAGGACAGGAAGUCGCUUGUUACAGUCCAUCUAUGUGAAGCACCAGGUGCAUUUAUUACUAGUUUGAAUCAUUUCCUCAUUACACACAGUUAUGCUGGAGACUGGCAGUGGUUAGCCACGACCUUGAACCCUUAUUACGAGGGAAACAACAUAGGACAGAUGAUAGAUGAGGACAAAUUCAUACGCUGUAGCUAUGGUAACUGGUACUUUGGGGAAGAUGGCACAGGAAAUCUGAUGUCAAAGGACAAUCUGAGGGGAUUACAGGAAAAGUUGGUUAAUGUUAAGGUUGAUGUGGUUACAGCAGACGGCAGUAUUGAUUGUCAAGGUGACCCAGCAGAACAAGAGAAUGUUGUUUCUCGUCUGCAGCAUUGUGAGGUCCUUACUGCAUUACAUAUCCUGUCACCAGGGGGCACUUUGGUUGUCAAAAUGUUCACGUUGUUUGAAUGCAAGGCUGUAGGAUUGAUGUACCUUCUUAACUGUGUAUUUGAAAAGGUCGAAGUGUUCAAACCAUGUACCAGUAAGGGAGGCAACUCUGAAGUCUAUGUAAUUGGUCUGAAGUUCAAAGGGAGAGAAUGCUGUGAAGAUUUUCUACAAAAUAUUACAUCAUUUUAUUUUGGGCCAGAUGAACCAGAUGGCUGUCUGUUUUCUCAAGACGAUAUACCGGGUACUUUCCUAGAACAGCACACAGAGUGUGUCACAUUCUUCAAAGACUGUCAGAUGUCAACUAUACAACGUAACCUUGACCUUCUCAAUGUCAUGGCUGAUGAUGAAAAGUCAAAGGUUGAAGAACAGAAGGAUUUCUGUAUGGAAUGUUUCUUUAACAGAUAUGAUGUGAAGCCAUUGCCAUCCUCAGCAAGAAUUAUGAAAUAUUUGAAGGGAAGAAAAGGUGGUUCUAAUAGGACUACAGAAUUUGCAGCCAAAGUUAAACUGGAGGGCAAGUUCACUGGCAGUUUUUGUGAGAGACAAGAAUUAUCAACAUUACCAUGGCAACAAAAGAUAAAUAAAAUAGAGACGUAUGAAGAUGAAGUGAACAGGGAAGAUAACUCACUUUGGAUCAAGUGUCAAGAAGAGAUAUUGGAACAUGAGAUAGAGUUGUUGCAAGAAGUGAGGGGCAAACCAAUAGACAGCAUACAGAGCUCGAGAUUUUGUCAUGGAUUUUAUCUUGGCCAGGUGCACGAGAUAAUUAAAAAUUCUAGGUGGUUAACAACACAGACACAAUCAAAUGCAGAGUUCGUAACAUACGUAGCUUGUAAACUGAAAGAACUACUGUUAGACACAAUACAGUAUUACAAUGGUGGAACAAUUCCUGAUCACACAAGCACAUCACCAAUGCAACAUUUGAAAGUUAAUGAAAAUGUGGAUCAAAACCAGAAAGAGUCUUGUACGAAAUUAGACAACAUUGAACAAGAUACUGAAAUGUCAGAAGUGCCAAAACAAAGAGCUGUGUCUGAUGACCAGAAAGGUCUUGACAGAGAACAUCACUGUAACUGUAGUUUAAAAGGCUGCAAAGAUUCGGACCUUAGCGUUAUACAAUCUGGACAUGGGGAAACAUGUGCUUGCCGUAGUGAAAAUAGUGGCAGUUCUAAACAUUCUAGCAAAUGGGUGGAUAAAGCUGGAGAUACUUCUGGUGAAACUGGUGAUAAUUGUGAUGAAACUGGUGAUAAUUGUGAUGAAACUGGUGAAACUUGUGAUAAUUGUGAUGAAACUGGUGAAACUGGUGAUAAUUGUGAUGAAACUGGUGAUAAUUGUGAUGAAACUGGUGAUAAUGAACAUACAGGUGAGAAUGACCCAAGCAGGACUUGCAGAACAAGUUCCAUUGAUCUACAGGGGGAUAGUCUCAAUAAAAUGGACAUUGGGGAAGAUGCACCUUCUAAUGGAGAAGAUACAGGCAGUUUAUUAGUAGGAGAAUGUAUUCCAAAAUUUACAUGUGUGUGUAUCAACAGUGGUUCACCAAUUCUUGAUGAACUUUCACAAUCACAACAGAGUUGCAGUGACGGUCAGAGUGUCAGACUUUACACAGUGAGUGUGGGAAAUGUCUGUGAUAAAUUUGAACUCGUAGAACAAGGAAAGCUGUUGUCUGUUGUACAAGAUAUCCUAAAGAACUGUGAGACAUCAGACUAUGUUGUUGUAGAGAUGGGAACAUGCUUGAGUAGGUUUACAGCUGGACUAGUCUACCUUCUGUACAGAAGUUUCAGAGAGAUUGGUUUUGUUCACCAUCAUGGCAACCUGAUGAAGCGCCACCUAGUGUGUGUUGACUUUCAGAAUUGUCCAAUCAGAUUAUGUCAGUAUUUAGAAGAGGUUGGUCACAUGACAGAAACUGACCAAUCAAAUUCAGUGUUAGAGAUUGUUCCUGUUCUGACAAUGCUUGAAGAUGACGAGUUUACAUCUUUUCUACGAAUCUCCAACGUUAAUCUGCUUCAGUCUUUCAUCACAACUGUUGUCAACCAGGAAAAGCAAAUUCAUUGUCAGGGUGACAACACUUGAACAUUACUCAUCACUCUUAUAGAUCUGAGAAAUCCUGUCCAGAAUUGUGUUUAAUACCUGUUGAGAAGUAGCAAAGUUAGGAUUUGCCUAAGUGGAUAGCAAAGUUAGGUAAUUACAAAGAAUAUUUGACUAAUUGGAUUACAGUUGUGUAAGUAACAAAUUUAAAUUAAUAAUCCAAAAAAAAUGCAGAGACAUGGAUCUAAAAUUCAGAAAAAAUAGUCUGGGAAAAAUAACAGUGUUGAGUCCCCAUUAUACUGAAUGAUAUACUGAAGAACUGUGAAAACCUAGUGUGGAUUAUUUUCUAUGGAAUAUCAGUGUCUGAAUAAUGCCACUGGAACAUCACUGUGAUUGGCAUAUUGACGCUUGAACAACAUUGUGCAUGCCAGAAUAAUGACACUGGAACAUUACUAUUAAUGUCAGAAUAAUGACACUGGAAUGCCACUGUGCAUAUCAGAUUUAUGACACUGGAAUCACACUGUGCAUGUCAGAAUGACUCUAGAACACCUGUGCAUGUCAGAGUAAUGGCACUGGAACAAAUGUGCAUGUCAGACUAAUUGCACUGGAUAACCACAGUGAAUGUCAGAAUAAUGACACUGGAACACCUGUGAAUGUUGGAACAAUGACACUGGAACAAAUGUGCAUGUCAGACUAUUCGCACUGGAUAACCACAGUGAAUGUCAGAAUAAUGACAAAAAAAAAAACACACACAAAAAAACAUGUUCAUGUCAGAAUAAUGACAAAAAAAAACCCACAAAAAAACAUGUUCAUGUCAAAGUAAUGACUCUAGGACAACACUGUGCUCAUAAAAGAGGAAUACCACUUUUCAUAUAUUUACCUUGAUAUCACUCAGCAGUGUGUAUUGUGUACUUUUGAAAUGUCAGUUUUGUCUUAAAACUGAAUAAUGCUACAUUUUUGAUGAGUUACUUAAAAAGUUUCUUGUUUAACGUGGGUAGCUGACGAAAGUCCCCACCUGGAAUGGAUGGAACAACUCCGACUGACGUCAUAUUUACCUCCCCAGCGUCUGUUCUAGGGCAAUACUGCUGGAAACAGUACCAAUUUAAGUAAAUCACCCAGCACUGAACACUAGUCAGGAUAUCAGUCGCGACCGGGAAUCGAACCCAGACCGCUGGCGUUGUAGUCCAACCUGCUAACCACUGCGCCAUUGACUUUAGGAAUUGCAUGGUUGAUAGAUAUAAUUAAGAAUAUGGCAAAUAUAACAAUGUUAUGAUCUGCAAUUUUGUGUUCAGUGGGAGCAGAUUUUGGCAAGACUGGAUCAUACAAGGUGCCUGCACUUAUCGCGAUUCAGCCAGGCAAAAUCCGUGAAAGCCGACUGCAUCAUUGUAGAUCAAAGAACUGUUUUAAUGACCCCUUUAGUAUAGACCUCUCUACCCAUUUUUGUUGUUACUGUAGAAAUAAGUGACUAUAAUUUUAGGCAAGCAGGAGUAGACAUUUGGAAUUACCGAUAUGAAUAAUUUGAUGCCGAAUAUAGAUGCCAAGAUUACAUAAUUUCUGAUGUCAUGUGUGAUGUCAUGACCUCCCAUUGGCUAUUUUUCCAUAUUAAAUGGAGGUUGAAUACAGGGGUUUUGUACUCGCUCGUGAAAUACAAGCAGUGUUUAAGACAGAAAAUUCAGUGUAUUAGAAGUUGAGAAGAUCCCUUAGGAAGACAUUGUUGUGGAUUAAGAACUAUGGAAUAAAUUUUCAAAAUCGAUUUCUGACUUGUAACAAUAUUGUUUACAAAUUAUUGAAGUUCAGUACAGUGUACAUUUAUCAGUUUGAUGAAAAAUCAGUGUGGUUGUCAGUUUUGGUCCAUUUGCAUCAUUGACUCAAGUUUAUGUGAGGGAUGUAGGGCAUUUCCUUACCUAUUAUGAAGGGACUCAACCAAAUCUAGUCUUGUUACUAUAUUAUUUGGUUGCAUUUUGAGCUUCUAAAUGAUCCUUUACAGCUUUGAUUAUACGAAAACCAUUUUUAUGUAGUAUAACCUAUAUUUGUUACGCAUCUCCCAUUCUCCACUUGAUAUCAGUACUGUGUGAGGCUACUGUCCUAUAAUUUUGCGGAAAUAAAGUAAAACACAAACCAUU